AUGGGUCAUACAGAAAUGAGACUUGACAGAGACAUCAGAGACUCUACGCUCCCAACAACAGAUAGGCAGCUCCUCAACCGUGCAAGCAUUGACUCUCAAACUGUCGACGCCUUACCAGAGUCAGCGUCUUUUCUAGGCGCCUUUGAUCUUCCUAGCUAUACGAUGGAUCUGGCUAAUCUGCUCGCCUGGGGCCCUUCUGACCCUCUCAACGAUGUACUGAAUAAGGGAACUGGACUCAAUAGUUUGGACUCAAUUUGUCAGCAGUUCACAGUUCCGCCUGAGCCUUCCCCCGAUUCUCAGUCCCCGAUGGCAAGGUCAGCUGCUGGCAGAGAUCCUCGAAAGCCAUUACCUACGGCUACAGUAGCCUUUCAUGAAUCUGAUCAAUCAUCUUCACAUGAGAGGCAUGAGCAAAGUAAUCCUGCAGUGUCUAGCCCAAUGUCUUCGACACUCUCUUUGGCUUCUUAUGGCGAAGAUGAUAUCGUAAUCGCAGAAAACCUCUUCCAUGUUAGCGCCGUACCUGUGGAGACGUAUGAGAAAAUCCAUAGCUUCUAUGAGACCCAGACAGGCGCCUGUUUCAAGAGGUUGGCUUUCCCGGAUAUUGACCGUCUCAACUGUUUUGUCCAGCUUUAUUUUGAGCAUUUCCAUCCCCAAAUGCCAUUUCUUCAUCCUAAUCUUUUUGAGAACGACGGGUCAUGGGUUCUAGUGCUUGCUGUGGCGGCAAUUGGAAGCCAAUACACUAGAAUGGUUAUGCGGGAGCAAUAUGCCAUUGUUCUUUCUGGACUCUUGCGCGAAGCUAUCCCCCUUGACGCCGUCAAAGCGCUGCAAUACAAUGUAAUGACUCUGGCGCAGUGUACUCUUCUGCUAAAUUUCAGCCUUCUAUUCAACGGUUACAGGGGCAAUAUCCUCAACUUACAGUUUCUGAGGACCUGGCUGGCAGUAUUGAUUCGCCCUUUUUUGAAAUCUCCUAAUGAGAGAGAUUUGGCAUUGCUCGAUCUGACCAAGGUUGUCAAUGUUCAGAGCCGAUGGCAUGCAUGGCUUCAGGCAGAAGCACGCAGCCGCCUAGCAUAUUCAUUCUUCAUAUUUGAUUCGUUCUGCGUUCUUUAUCUUGAUUCGCAGUCGAAUUGUUCGAUGGAUGAUUUUCAGCAAAGGCUCCCUUAUUCAGACGAGCUUUGGAGCAUUCGGGAUGCUCAUGACUGGGAGCUGCAUCUUAAAUAUGUCCAUGACAACCCGGUACAUAGCCUACAAGAACUUUUGUCGUCUAGCUGCCGCACCGAGUUUUCACUGGAGAAGUUAUCAGAGUUCAGUAAAUUAACAUUACUACUCGGUCUCUUUGUCGGAGAAAAGCAAUUUGUCAAUGCGUCCCAAUUUUCUUCUCGCUAUUUGGAUUCCAGGGGUUACUCUUCUGCUUCGCUCAACUCACAGACAAAAUCCAGCACAUAUCGGACGCUCGAUUCUAGAUACAAGCUUUUGGUGCCCAACAUCAACUUAGUAUCCUCAAACUCGGUUUCCUCCCAUAACCUGAUCAUCUACUAUCAUUUAACUUCUAUUCUGAGAUACACUUCCCUGCGUAAUAUAUAUGCUUACACAGGGUGGCUUGUUACCAGAGCGGAGAGUACCGCUGCCGGAAACCGCUUAUCUCUAUUGAUGAAAAGUGACCAGGAACGGGCACGUACAUGCGUGGUACACGCCGGUGCGUUGAUUAGGGAGAUUCGUGGUGUCUCGUCACCUGCCUGCUACCAUUACUUGAGCUUUUUGAUGGCGUUUUUAUAUUUACGGGUCUAUGUGCGCCUCCAGACUAGCACUCCUAAUCAGGCUUCUCUCCAAAAUCAGCCUUCGCCAUGUAGGCUGGUUAGAAUCGAUCGGGACCCCGAUGAAGCGCUUGUGAAACAGUGGAUUGUUGGAGAUCCUCACUGCAGACCGUACCUCACUGGCGUAGGGCUCCUGCUGGAACCGGGGGUUUCCACACGCCUCAUAAAGGAAUGUCAGCGUAUGCUUGGCUCGCAUGACGCGUGGCCACAUUUCCGAAAUGGAAUCAGCUCGUGCCUUGACCAGCUUGCCGGUGAGGUAAACCCUUUGACAGAUAUCCCAUAUUCGUGGGACUCGCCAUAG